GGACCAUCUGCGAGAUUUGACAAACGUCUCAAGAAUGAGAUGGAUUCACCCGAGAAACUGGAGAAGAACAAUUUAGUGGGCACCAACAAAAGCCGGCUUGGUGUAUGCGGCUGGAUUCUGUUUUUCCUUUCCUUCCUGUUGAUCCUCAUUACCUUCCCGGUCUCAAUAUGGAUGUGCUUGAAGAUCAUUAAGGAGUAUGAGCGCGCAGUUGUCUUCAGACUGGGACGCAUCCAAGCCGAUAAAGCCAAGGGACCAGGUUUGAUCCUGGUCCUGCCUUGCAUUGAUGUGUUUGUCAAAGUGGAUCUUCGAACGGUUACCUGCAACAUUCCUCCACAAGAGAUCCUCACAAGAGACUCUGUGACCACCCAAGUGGAUGGAGUCGUCUAUUACAGAAUCUACAGCGCCGUCUCAGCCGUGGCCAACGUCAAUGAUGUUCACCAGGCCACGUUUCUGCUGGCUCAGACCACUCUGAGAAAUGUCUUAGGGACACAGACCUUGUCCCAGAUCUUGUCUGGGCGAGAAGAGAUCGCACAUAGCAUCCAGACCUUGCUUGAUGAUGCCACUGAGCUAUGGGGAAUCCGAGUGGCCCGGGUGGAAAUCAAAGAUGUCCGGAUUCCGGUGCAGCUGCAGAGGUCCAUGGCGGCUGAGGCUGAGGCUACCCGGGAAGCCAGAGCCAAGGUCCUCGCAGCUGAGGGAGAAAUGAACGCUUCUAAGUCUCUGAAGUCGGCUUCCAUGGUGCUGGCUGAGUCCCCCAUCGCCCUCCAGCUGCGGUACCUGCAGACCUUGACCACCGUGGCCACGGAGAAGAAUUCCACCAUUGUGUUUCCCCUGCCGAUGAACAUACUGGAGGGCAUUGGUGGCAUCAGCUAUGACAAUAAGAAGGUCACUGCUAAAGCCUGAG